GGACAUGCGUAGAGCUCUCGCCGGGAGCCAGGUCCGGGCGGGAACAUGCGCACACGGACAGUCGAAGCCGCGCUGAGCAGCCGGAGCAUGCGCCUUGUCCUCGAAAGCGUCUGAUGGACUGUGAGCAUGCGUGCCGUGUCUGAAGUUGAUAAAUUGAAAUUGAACAUGCGUAAUUAACCUCCUGAAAACACACGCACACACACGCACAUACACACACACAAACUUCGUUUGUGGAACAUGCGCAUUCGUUCUUGCUAGGGUGGGAUUUUUCUUUUUUUUGGAGGGCGGGGUAGCGCUUGUAGGGUUUAAAGUGAGCAUGCGCAUAAGGCUUGCUGAAGUUUGAACUGUUCGGAAACGGCUGUUUCUGAGGCUGCUGUGAGUGAAGUUAAAGCGGGAACUCCUGCUGGUGAUGGGGGAGAGGGAGCGCUUUGGUGUUGCGAUUUCCAAGUUCACUGGUCUUCCGAAAGUCGAAACUAUUAAGAACUUGUUUCCUUAUCUGUAAAAUGAGAGUAAUUAUAUCUGUUUUGCAGGGUUGUUUGGAACAUGAGCCUUCUAAGCUCUUUGCAGUGCUGCACAGAUCUAGUGUGAGGUUGGCUGCCUCACUUUAUUUCUUUAUUUAUGUUGUCCCAGCAUGUCAAUUGUAACAGUACAACUUGGUCAGUGUGGAAAUCAGAUUGGUUUUGAAGUGUUUGAUGCUUUAUUUAGAGACUCAUAUUAUCUUGAGGGACUCUGCUCUAAAAAAGAGAAUGAGGCAUAUCAAGCAUCUUGCAAGGAAAGAUUUUUUAGUGAAGAGAAAAAUGGAGUUCCAGUUGCUCGGGCCGUACUUAUUGACAUGGAACCAAAAGUUAUCAAUCAAGUGUUGUCAAAGGCUGCCCAUUCUGGCCGGUGGAAAUAUGGUCAGCAAGCAUGCCUCUGUCAAAAGCAAGGUUCUGGAAACAACUGGGCGUAUGGAUACUCUGUUCAUGGACCCAGGCAUGAAGAAUCUAUAAUGAACCUAAUCCAGAAAGAAGUGGAGAAAUGUGACUCUUUGAGUGGCUUUUUUAUUAUAAUGAGUAUGGCUGGGGGCACAGGAUCAGGGCUCGGAGCCUUCAUUACACAGAAUUUACAAGAUCAAUACUCAAACUCUUUGAAAAUGAAUCAGAUUAUAUGGCCUUAUGGAACUGGUGAGGUUAUUGUUCAGAACUACAACUCCAUUUUGACUCUUUCUCACUUGUACCGAUCUUCAGAAGCCCUUCUCGUCCAUGAGAAUGAUGCUCUUCAUAAGAUCUGUGCAAAACUGAUGAAAAUCAAGCAGAUCUCAUUCAGUGAUAUAAAUCAAGUCCUUGCACAUCAGCUAGGAAGUGUGUUCCAACCUACUUAUUCUGCAGAGGGCAUGUGUAACUACCGGAGAAAUCCAUUAGGAGAUUUAAUGGAGAGUUUAGUUCCCCAUCCUGAAUUUAAGAUGCUCGGUGUUCGUAACAUUCCACAAAUGUCUGAGAACUUGCUGGCAUAUAGCACGUUUACUUGGGCUGGCCUCCUGAAGCAUUUGAGACAGAUGCUCAUUUCUAAUGCGAAAAUGGAAGAAGGUAUUGAUUGGCAGGUCCGGCCUCCCUUCUCAGGACGUCCCCCUCUGGGCAAGAAGGCCCUGGGCUCCGAGCCGCACUUCAACACUUCCCUGGCUAACCUGCUCAUCCUGCGUGGGAAGGAGGUGCAAAGUGCAGAGCUGGAGGGCUUUAAAGAUCCAGCUCUGUACACUUCCUGGUUAAAGCCUGACAACGCUUUCACUGUAUGGAAAACCCAGCGAGCCUUUAGCAAGUAUGAAAAGUCUGCAGCCUUGGUCAGCAACAGUCAGUUCUUAGUAAAGCCACUUGAUAUGAUUGUGGGCAAAGCAUGGAAUAUGUUUGCUUCAAAGGCCUACGUUCAUCAGUACACAAAAUUUGGAAUUGAAGAAGAAGACUUUCUGGACAGUUUCACAUUGUUAGAACAAGUUGUUUCCAGUUACUGCAAUCUUUGAACUUAAACAAAGGGUGAAAAGUCCCUCAAGUUCUUUUCUGUUUGUUUUUGUUUGGGGACUACUCUGAGUUCAGUGGUUGGGAGUGCUCCAGGGGCUGUGUGGAAAUAAGGGUUAAACUUGAGGCUCCUACAUGCAAAACACAUGAUCCAGGAGCUGGAGAGAUAGUACAAUGGGUAGUAGUCUUACAUGCAGCCGACCUGAGUUCAAUCCCCAGCACCCCGUAAAACCUGAGAAUCUACAGUGUGGCCCCAAAGCAUAAAACAAAUAUGUCUUGCAGCCCUUUGGGCCAUCUCAGCCCUAAAUUUAUUUUUGUUUGUUUUUGGAUCACACCUGGUGGUACUCAGACUGCUCCCAGCUUUGUACUUGGUGGGGGUCAUUCCCAGGGGUGCUCAGGGAAGCAUGUGGUGCUAGGGAUGGAACCCAGGACUCUUAUGUGCAAAGCAUGUGCUCAGCCCAUUGAUCUACUUUUAUGAACCACCCAUAAUUUUAUAAAUAAAAUAUUUUGAAUACUUUUUUUCUGUAAGGUUUUCAAAGUUCUGUUAAUUAAGUAA